AUGGCCCAGCAAAAUAUCCUGGGAAAUCACCGUAGCACCCCCUACCGCUCGAUGUGCAUUGUGCCCAUGCAAUGCAGUCAGGGUCAGGGUCAACUUGGAGCGGGAUCAUUCGUCUGCCGAUUCUGUGCUUGUUUUACGAUGGCCACGUUCAGGGAAUACCACGGAAAGACAUGCAUUACCGCUCAGAUGUCACCUUAUUGGUGGAUCAAGAUCUCUCUGAAGUUUGACGAUAGCAAAGAAGUAUGUAUCGGAAGGCCUGGCUUGAAUGAAUCUGAGGCCUGCUUAACUCUCUUUUCUCCCUGCGCCAUUGCUAGAGAUCGAAUGAGGUUAAUAACAAACAAUCGCAACAAGAGUGAACAGAAGCUGGUCCGUGGCCUCGGCUCUUAUUAUGGGACGGAACGACGAAUGCACGGUUGUCAGGCAGGGAUAACUGGUGCGGGCUGGGGCCAUCGUCAAAGCGGGAACCACCCCACUAUCGACAACCCAUCGCGCGCUAAUAGCUCUGAUGGUCAAGAAGAUCUUGUUUUUGAUGUCACGGGAAGCGUGUCGAAGAGACAUAUGAGCCCAGCGUCGUAUCUCUGCAUGCGCCUCUCUCAAUUCGUACCCUGGUCUAAUAAUGCAGCGGGUAGUCCAACUGAAUCGAGACCGAAGCAGGCGCCUGCAGACUGCAGUAUUGUCUCCCAGGAUUGUGACAUGCGAGCAACGCAACAACAUCCCGACCAGCGCCGACAAACAACAUAA